AUGACCGAUGGCACACCGCUCUUGGAGGCGGCAUCGCAAGCAAAAGAACUAUCCUAUUCUCCGUACAGCACAUUUCGUGUAGGCUGUGCGGCACUGCUGGAAGACGGCACCAUCGUGCAGGGCGCCAAUAUCGAGAAUGCAUCGUACUCCGUGGCUGUGUGUGCGGAGCGCAGCACGUUACUUCGUAUUAAACUGGACACACGGUGGCGUGGUCAGCGCAUCUUGGCUAUGGCUGUGAGCUCUGACAUACCCAAUGCACCAUGCACGCCGUGCGGUGUGUGCCGCCAGGCCAUGCGUGAAUUUUGUGAAAUGAGCAUGCCAGUGUAUUUCCCCACAGGUCAAUGGAGGCCGGGAGAGCAGGUGCUUUCACUCACGCUCGAGCAGCUUUUGCCAUCAAGUUUUGGGCCAGAAGCACUGUGUUAA